UACACUCAGUGCAUUCCAGAGGCGUUCCUUUGAAUCCUGUGCAGGUCUGCCUGCCGUCCUUGGGAGAGAGGAAGAAAAAGGGAGGAAAAGUCCCUCUUGCUGGGAGACGGAAUGUCUGCAUUUUCAAUCCUCUUCUUAGCUUCCUGUUCUGUUUGGCUCUGCGCGGCUCAGACUGAGUUCAAGAGGGUGGCUGAAGAAAACGUGACCCUGCCCUGCCACCACCGCCUGGGGCUGCUGGAGCAGGGCAGCCUGGACAUCGAGUGGCUGCUGCACAUCUCCGAGACCGUGCAGAAAGCGGUGAUCACCUACUCUGGAGGCCGUGUCUAUGAUGACCUGAACGAGGAGCAGAAGGGCCGUGUCUCCUUCACCUCCAACUUCCUUGCUGGAGAUGCAUCCUUGCAAAUCAUCUCCCUGCAGUCCAGCGAUGCAGGGAAGUACAUCUGCAAGGUCAAGAACGCGGGGCAGUACGAGUGGGCUCGCAUCACCCUCAAGGUUGUGGAGAAACCCUCCAAGCCCAAGUGCUGGCUGGAGGGGGAGAUGCUGGAAGGGAAGGAGCUGUCGCUGCAGUGCCGCUCCGCCUCGGGCACUGCCCCCAUCUCCUACCGCUGGCAGCGCAUCAGCGAGGAGGACGAGAGAGCCGAGCACCUCCCGCCCAACUCCAGAGUCAACAUCUCCAACCCCGGGCAGGUCCUGCUGAAGAACCUCACGCAGAUGAGCACGGGGCUGUACCAGUGCGUGGCCACCAACGAGGCGGGGCAGGAGAGCUGCGCGCUGCGGGUGACGGUGCAGCAUGCACAAAACAUCAGCAUGAUCGCCGGGGCAGUGUGUGGAGUGGUGGUGGGGCUCUCCCUCCUUUUCCUGGUGGUCAGGCUCACCAUCAGGAGGAAAGAAAAGAAGAGAUACGAGGAAGAGGAGGCACCGAAUGAAAUCAGGGAAGAUGCCGAGGCACCCAAGGCGCACCUCGUCAAACCCAGCUCCUCCUCCUCCGGCUCCCGGAGCUCCCGCUCGGGCUCCUCCUCCACCAGGUCCACAGCCAACAGUGCCUCCCGCAGCCAGCGGACUUUGUCCACGGAAGCCACUCCGCACCUGACCCCGCCGCAGUACAGCCAGCGGCAGGCGGACAGGAGGGAGCCGGAGCCCCGGAGAGGGGAUUACGGGCAGCUGGUGAAGGUGGCAGCGCCGGCGGCGAUGGUGCCCGCGCAGAGCCGCGCCUUCCAGACCGUGUGAGCCGCCCCGGAGCGUCCCCUGGCCAGCAGCGACACUUCACACAGCACCAGCCACUUAGCAUCGCUCGGGUAGCUCGUUCUCUUCCUGGUCAGCUUCGUCCUAGUCACUCGGGAUUAUUCACACCCUCCCACUCGAUUCUUUCGGAGCGUCACUGAGGUUCUGAUUUAGAGAAAGAUUUAUUGGAGGCGAAAAGGGAGCUUAUUUUUAAAUUAUAUUUUUGUUUGUUUGUUUGUUUGUUUGUUUUCCUUUGAAAAUGGAACACUGAGCAUUUAAAACCUACGACAGCAAAGCUGUGCUGUCGAGUGAAACUGUAUGAGUGAAAAGAAGCCAAACCUCAGGAUUUUUUAAAAAGGGAUCAACAAAGACUUAAAGAUGCAUAAUAUUCCAGAGAGGUUUUGUGGGGAGGGAGAAGUCUCUUGGACUGGUUUUGGAGAAGUUUCUCGAAGAUGUGUUGUCCUAAGUGAAGAUUUUGAGGCUGAGGGUGUCCAGCCUCAAAGGGAACUGACAGGUGCUUCACAUUUUCUGCAUUCAGUGACAUACUGGAGGCUGUAACUAAAGUGGAAAUUAAAGGAUCACUCCCAAAGGACAAGAAAUGCAGUAUUAAGGAGUCUGAACUAAACUCUGUACUAAAGACAAAGGACCUUUUCCAUCAAGAAAAGAGGUGCUUUAAUCGCCAGAAUAAACUUCGGGCCAGGAGCCUGACUCUGCUUCCAUGGGCAGCACUGCAGAGCCACGGGAGCCACGCUGGAGGGGUGCCCGUGGCUACUGAGCCUUAGAGAGAGGAGAACUGGGCACUGAGCCCAGCAGUGCCCGGGUGGGGAGGGCCACCAAUGUACCAAAAAGCCUGGAUGGAGCCUUGGGAAGAGCUCUCAGUCAUUGCCAGCUGGAGGAUUGGCCAGGUUUGGGGGAGCUGUGCUGCAGAAGCCUUAUGGAAAGUUCUUCCCGAGUCUGAGUGAACAGCACUCCCCAGCUGACCCCCAGGGAAGGCCUGAAGGGUUCCCUGACAGAGGAAAACACACCUGGGACAGGUAAAGAAGCACAAAACGCUGCUCCCAUCAGGACAUCUUUGUGUGCAUUGUCCCACUCCUACACCAAAUGCUGGGCCAUGUGCCAGGGCUGAGGCUUAAACCUUUAGCAAGACUCUUAAAAAAUGGCAAGAAUUGUAAAAAACAUUCUUUGUGAGCAACCAGGUUAAGCGUUUCCACGGCAUCUGAAGUUAGGAAAGGAUGGGAGGUAGGGACAGAUGCAGAAUUCUGUCAUUGAUGUUUUCCUCUGAAGGACUUGGCUCUGACCACUGCUACACACAAGACACUGAGCUUGUAGGUUCUAGAUUCCUGUAUUCCUAGACUGGUGAUUUUCUGUUUCAAAAAUGAGGGUGUUUGGGUUUUUUUCUCCACUGGGGGGAGGGAAAGGGUUUCUCCAAUUUGUGGAAAGAGCUUAAAGAAGAUGGAUGAGCACAGAAGAACCACAGAUCUAUAAUUCUUUCACUCCAGGAUUGUCAUUAAUCUCCUUUUCUCACUGAGACCCAGAAUUCUAAUUUCUUUACUUGAGAUCUUUGACAACCUGAGCAAAGCCACUUCCAUAUGGGAAAGAGUUUUCAAACUUACCCUACAGGAUGUAAGAACUUCUCUUCCUAGGAGCACUCACUCAAAAUUCCAUUGCUUUCUCUACCCCAGAUUUAACCCCUGGCAGGACAAAUUACUGAUGCUGUGCAGGUAAAACAAUGCCAGUUUUAAAAAGGGAGGCCUGGUACGAGGUGUUUGAUAAGCUGCUCCUCCCAUGCCAGCUGCUGGUGGUGGAUACUCUGUCAUUCCACCCUGGAUGCUCCAGGAGCACAUCCCUGCAUCAGCUGGGUGGGGGCAGCAGCUCUGUGUGUCUGUGAUUCCUCUGCAGUUGGUUUUUUCCUGAGCCCUGAAGGUUCAGGUGCUCCAAAGCACUCCCGAGCCACUCCAGAGCUGGGAAAAUUCCAAAAGCAGGAACAGGGUGGUGAAAGCAGCUUGUGGGUUCUUCUGUGGGUGCUCACUGUGCUGAACACUCCCUGAGGAUCCUCACCCCGUGCACAGAGAGCCAGGAGUGCUUUUCCCUGAGCCUCCAGGAGCUGCUCACCACAAACCCAGCGUGACAGUUCCAACAGCUGAGCUGGCCACAGCCCGAGAGCCAAAGGCUCUGGGGCAGCUUUGAGUCCCAGCCCAGCCUGGUAAUUAGCAGAGAGGAGGCUCUGCAGCCUGGAGGGAGGAGAAUUUGCCCUGGCAGGUUUUCCUGGAGCCUUUGGAAACCACUCCUUGUGCUGUGAGCUCUGCUGGCAGGGGCUGAGAGCUCCGGGGCCCUGGGGAGGCUCAGGCAGAGGGGCAGUGGCUGAAGCCUGCUCUGGGGGAUCCAUCCUGCCUGCUCCAAGCCCUCUUGGCUCAGAAUUUCCAUCCUCUUGGGAUGCAGGUGCUGUCCAGGUACCCGCUUCAGCCCACACAUCAGUGACUCACAGGGAAGGGAAAAGUUCAUCACCAAAGGGAGCAGGAGAAAGGGAUCAUUCCAAAGUUAUUCGAUUUUCCAAGCUCCAGCCCACCAGGAGUUGCACAAGGGAAGCAAAUAAGCCAAACCCUGUUUUGUAAAAUAGUGUAUUAAAGCAUUUACUGUCAUAUACCAGCUAUUAAUUGUGUGAUUAAAUGCCUACCAUGUUAUGUAGCUUUUUGUUUCUCAGCAGCUAAACUAAGCUUCCAUCUCUGCUGCCUGCUAUGAUUGGUGUACUUGUACUGUGUCCGAACAACUCAGAGGAAAGCAAAUAUUUAUUAUUGAUUCCUUUGAAUCAAUGAUUUAAUAAUUUUUUUUUUGGUUGGUUGUUUUAUAAAUAAAGGUGCUGCAGCUGAAGCGCUGCAGCUCAACUCAA